AAGAGGGAAAUGAACUUGAAUUUACCAGCUGAUGUUUUACCAUCUCGCGAGUUUGUGAUGAGAUAUAAAAGGAACUAUGAACGUGAUAAACUGGCACGAUUAUUAUCAGAAAUGGAAAUAAUUUACGAAUUAUUCAGUGAAGUACCGCGGUAUCUGAAUGAUGAUGAAUGGACAAUUUAUUUUAAUUUACGGGAUAUUUAUGAAAGAGAGCGCUUUUUAUCUCGAUUAUACUUGCAACAUUCGAAUGCCAGCAAAAUCCAAAAACAACAGUCCGAACGUGAUCUCAUUAUUAAGAAGAUUUCAGAAGAGUGUAAGGUUCGAUUCGAAAGAGGUGAAAUGGUCUAUGCACCAGGAUAUCAUACUUAUUUUGAUAUACGUGGCCAGUACUUCAGGAGAUUGGUGGACAGUAUGUACGGAUGUCGUGUACUAGCAGCUAUGCAAUGUGGCGAGAUGCCUCCUCAGUUGAUCAUCGAUUGCCGUUUCUUAGAUCAAUUCUCGGAUAACUAUCAGAUCAAAUUCUUAAGGCAAAUUCAAAAGUUGCAUGAUGCCAAUUGGUUUCAUCGUUGUCCGUUUCCUGUAUCAAUCGUCAACCUGUUGGCUGAUGAUCAUCUAGCACGUUAUAUUAAGAAAUACUGGCUAUUUUUGUAUGGUCCUGAAAGGAUUCAUCAGAAUGCAAAUGAAUAUGUUAAUGAUAACGAGAAGUGUCAUGAGGAAGACGGUGAUGAUUUCACUGAACUCUAUCAAGAACUGGAUUCGGAAUGUUCAACUUUGGACGGGUCGAAAAAAUUUUCAAAAUGCGAUUUUUCUCCACAUCCGUUCAUCCCAACCAUAUCAUCUCGAUCGAUACGUGAUAAUCUUUCGAAGGAUAUUUCCGAUGAUGAGGUCGUAUAUAUAAGCAACUCAGCACCGAGAAUGUUAGAUGGUCCAAUCAGUAAGUACAAAGCUAUCGUAAUUUGUUCCAGUUAUGAUUUACAACCUUGGUCUUCUUCGUUAUCGGCUGCACGAUGUGACCGUUUGACGCCCUAUAGGUUACCUAUUGAACGAUAUGUAAAAUGGGAACGGGGUUACAAAGUGAUGUCAAUAAACGUGACAGCUAAUAUAAUCAGAAGUGUUUAUCUGAAUGACGGUGAUUGGAAAAGUGCGAUUAUCGAAAAUGUGCCUGAAUAUCAUUUCAGUAGGAAUAGUGUAUCGUUCAAUCGAAGUAAUCCAUCCAAUUCAUCAAGUGUUGAUGUCGAACGUAAAAAUAGGCUUAGAGUUGGUUUCGCACUACAAGAAGCGAUUGAGGCAAUGGAUCGAAGGCGCAUAGAUGCAUUUGAAAACGAUGGACAAAGGAAUGGGAUUCUUUCCUCGAACGCGAAAUUGAAAGCGAAACCUAAGAUAUAUCAUCACAAGUAUAGCCGUGAAGAGAGAAGAGCUAGGAAAAAUUCAUAG